CUUUAGCAAGCUCAACAGCCAGUUAUAUCGAAUGCAAGUGAUAUGCGCAAAGUGAUGUACACUAGUCUGACUUUGCAGCUGUAGAAAGCCGAAACGCGCUUACAAGUCGCGCCAGCGCUGCUCGCGCGCUUAGGUUGGCCCUGGCAGAAGCUCGAGGUUAUAAGUUACCAUCAAGCGUUGCAAUGUUCGCCAAGAAAGACUAUAAGCGGCCACCAUUGGCGGAUGGAAGCCCAUGCUGGGAAGCCAUGACUGCAGGACUCGGCCAACCUUGCUGGCUACACACACUACCUGUUACAGCAACAUACAGUUCUAGCCAAGUAGCAACGCACAACUUCAAGCCUUGAUCAAUCAGUAUGGACCUCGCCACCGCGCUUGGACUGGGCAUAGCCCCCCCGCCGCCCGCGGACGACUCCUCCCACCACAGCACCACGGAAGCAUGCACUCUGCCGGCGUAUCUGCGCGCGCCGGAGGUGACGGCCCAGGUUAUGGCCGAGUACAUCUGGCUGAUGGGUGGGACCGGCCAGCUGCGCAGCAAGACUAAGGUGCUGGACGCCAAGCCGUCUUGUGCCGAGGAGGCCCCUAUCAUGAUUGUGGAGAGCAACCCAGACGGCCAGCUCGCCGAGCCGAACCAUGAGCUUUUCCUCAAGCCCCGCAAGAUCUUCCGGGACCCCUUCCGCGGCGGCGACCACAUUCUGGUCCUCUGCGACACAUUCAUCGUCGCCCAGGUUGUCGCGGAGGCUGGUGCGGCUCCCUCGACCGUGCUGCAGCCCAGCGAGACCAACAGCCGCGUUGCGUGCGAGAACGUCCUGCGCGUUGCCGAGCAGCAGGAGCCCGUGUUUGCGGUGGAGCAGGAGUACGCCAUCAUCCACCCGGCGUACCCCACGAAGGUUCCGCUGGGACCUCGGCGCCCUUCGACCUCGCGCGCCAGCAGCUGCCACAGCGGCUCGCGCCGCAGCAGCUACGUGUCCAGUGGCUCAGCGCGCGGCGGGAUCGGCAAGAACAGCAGCCACCACGGCGGCAAGCAGUCGCACGCCGCUGCCGCCGCCGCUGCGGCGGCGGUCGCCGGCAUCCCUUGGCCCAGCCCGGACGCAUGUGAGCAGACGGCCCAAGAAGCGAGCGCAGCGAGGCAGAAGGCGUCGAGACAGCUUGCGGACUCGCACCUGCGCUGUUGCCUCUUUGCGGGCGUGAGGGUGACGGGCGCGGACGUGCACUCGCUUGACGGUCUGCACUCGUACAAGAUCGGGCCGUCGCCGGGGGUGGACCUCGGCGAUGACCUCUGGACCAGCAGAUACCUGCUACAGCGGGUCGCAGAGCAGCACAGCGCAUCGGUGUCGUGGGAACCCGACUCAAUGCCGUCGGAACGGCCGCUGGGCUGCCACUUCAAAUACAGUACGGCGUCGACGCGGCAGGCGCCACACGGCUUGAACGCGAUAGAACAGCAGCUCGUGCGGCUGCAGGCUACGCACGUUCAGCACCAGGUGGCCUACAACGACGGCAGGCUGGACCGGCUGUCCUCGCCGGAGGCCUCCACGUUUACGCACGCGGUCGGCUCGGCCAACGCCUCCGUCGUAGUGCCCAGCCUAACCUUCCUGCAGCAGGGCGGCUACUUCACGGACCGCCGCCCGCCGUCGGAUGCCGACCCCUACAAGGUGACCCUGCUCCUGGCAGCGACCACGCUGGACAUCCCCCUGCCCAAGCUGCCCGCGUCCUCGUCCGCCGGCAACACGGCGGCCAACUGCAGUGGCGGCAUGUCGGCGGGCCCGUCCUCGUGUCCCGCUGCUGCUGCCCUGCCUUUCGGCAGUCCCAUGCAGAGCUACCUGCUGGCCGCUGCGGCCGCCCAACGGCAGCAGCAGCAGCAGCACCUGAUGUUCGACACGGAGAGCGAGGAGUGCGACUCCGUCGACGAAGAUGAUGCGAUGACUGAAGACUCGGCAGCUCUGCUGGCCAAGAUGGACGACGAUGGCGGCGCUGCAGAGGCGUCGUCGUGCGACUCGGACUUCGAGGACCAGGACGAUGCCAGCUCCAGCCCUAUCACCGGCACCUGGGCGGACAACGACUGCACCCACAUGCUGGGUGCUGGCAUUUAAGACUACUAGACUGAGAAUGGAACCUUGUUUGCCUCUUGUAUUGCUUCGUGCAGUUCAAAGUGUGCAUGUCCGGGUGCUCGAGUGUGUGCGCGUUCCCAUAAUGCGCGUGUUCCAGUAGUACGUGUGCCCAUGUUCCAGUAGUAGUUCUCGCUGCAGGGUUAUUGUUGACAAGCUUUGUCUGAUGCCUUUCUCGUGCGUUUUUUCCUCGUGCACAUGGACGCGAGAUGUUCUGGUCUGAUGGAUCCGAGAUUUUGAGCGGCAUGCAAUCACGCCGGAGCGCGGCCGCACCCCUCUCACUGCUAUAUCGAUACCCUGGUCAGGGUUUACGCGCGUCAUCCCGUAGAUGGAGUGGGAGCGAAAGAGACUUGUGCAAGCUGUACACCGCAAUUGGCGCUUUGGCUGAUUGUUCCGUGCCAGUUCUGCAUGCCGUGACGGUAUCGAAAUGAAUGUGUCCAAGCAUUUGGCUGGGUGGCGAUUGAAGGAUCGGGAUGGACCUGAUGGGCAUCACCUGGUGCAUGUGCGCUCAAGCCGUUCAAUGGAAAGAAUGGCAAGAUGGGUUUGCAGUGUGCACAUGCCUAAUGCUACCUAGUGAACACGUGUGCCUGCCGUGAAUGUGUGUGUGUGUGUGUUUAGGUUCACCCUGUUUACCGAGCUAUCCGGGGCAGACAUCCCUCCGAUUAUCAUCAUAAAUGCAUGGCUGGCAUGGGGAGCUGACUACAACCGGGGGUUUCAAGAUUUACACAACCGCCAGCCGACUUGCGGUGCUGGCGGAUCGGACUGACGUAGUGGGCUCAUCCUUGAGGCGUGUAGAGUGUGCAGUACUGACUGGUGGCAGCGCUGUAGUAGCGGCGUACGAGCCGCAUAUCAAGCAUUACGGGUGACCAUUUCCAAAUGAUUACAAUCUGGUGCGGCGGCGGAGGUGCGGCUUGGGUUCUGCAGCCCAUUCUAUCACUGGCGCGGAGGUCAUCAAGCCGGAGCCGACCUGACACGGGCCCGUAAGGGAUGCACGGUCAACAGGCCAGGAAAGCAGGAUGGCACAGGCCGUGUGUCGUGUGACGCGAUCCAUGUCACGGUGGCUGGAUGAAGUUAGCAGUAUCAAUGGCAUGACUGCGAGCAUGGUCGCUGUGUGGCGCCAGGCCAAACAUAGACGGUCAAGCAGUAUCAUGCAGGUGAACCCCGUGAAGGGAUGUGCACGCAUGAGCAGUAUCAAUGGCAUGACUGCGAGCAUGGUCGCUGUGUGGCGCCAGGCCAAACAUAGACGGUCAAGCAGUAUCAUGCAGGUGAACCCCGUGAAGGGAUGUGCACGCAUGAACUCUAAUGUUGAUUAGCAAGUGUACGGUUGUUCUGUAUGUCGUGGGGCGUCUGUUCGCGGGUGGUGCAUGGGUGCAUUGACCUGGCUGUGAGUAUUCAUGUAAACGUUUUGGGAU